AUGGGUCUCCAGAGCUUUUGGGUCCUUGGCGCUCUGGUGGUGGAUGUGGUUGUGGCUCUUGGUUGCCAGCCGAGCGAUCUUGUGGAGGUCAUUCCAGCCGCAGGGAAUGUUGAAUACUUGACAGGCGGUUGUGGCCACGAAUGGGAAGCGACUUCAUCAGGAAAUCGGACGGCUUCUCUGGCCCCACUGAGCGUCAAGGCGAGCGUGCCGGGGGAUCUGUUGACGGACCUGCAGGUGGCCGGGCAGAUCGGGGAUCCACUGUACGAAUUGAAUUUCCUCAAUAGCUCAAUUUGGAGUGAGCAGACGUGGACCUUCUCCACCAACUUCAGCGUGAACACAAGGUUCUUCGCUUCCAUUGGCAGCCGACUCCAGCUGGUCUUCGACGGUAUCAAGAUGGGCGCCGUGAUCCGUGUAAACGGAAAAACACUUGGAACAGCGACUAGCCAGUUCAUGCGCUACACCUUCGACUUGAAACGGGAGGACCUACGAGCGGCCAAUGGUGCCAACAGGCUGGAGGUGGCUUUCGACAGCUCCAUCCCGGUGGGCGGCCGCUUCAUGGCCUGCUCGGGCGGCUGGGACUGGGCGCCUUACACCAAAACUUCGCAGGAUGGUGUCAAGACCUUCUCUUAUGGGAUCUGGAAGCAUGUGUACUUGAUCUAUACACCAGCUGGCUCUGCGUCCAUCACGCAUGUGGUGCCGCACGUCUUCUUCAAGGGCAUGUACCCAACAGAGGCUCUGGUCGAUGGACAGCAUGCAGGCUUCACCGUCAAAGUGAAGGUCUUCCUCUCUGCGCCGGCGGCAGCGAACGGCACGCUGACCCUCCUUCCUUCGUGGAGGCCAACCGUCAGCAGUCGGAGGAUCUCGAUCCCAGCAGGAAGCUCGAACCACACUCUGGAGGUUGUUGCCAAUGCCACGGAUAUCAAGCUCUGGUGGCCCAUCGGCAUGGGUGAGCAGCACCUGUAUCAGCUGGGAGUUCAGUUCAAGGGCGACGAUCUGACCGGAUCGACACAAACCACCCGGCAGAUUGGCUUCCGGUAUUUCGCUUUGGUGACCGGCAACGACACCGACCCGGCCUAUGUGGCGAGGGCAUCCACCGAGGAGGGGACCGAGUCGCAGGGCAUGUACUUCCGCAUCAACGGUGCAGCCUUCUGGUCCAAAGGUGCCAACGUCAUACCCAUGGAGGAGCUUGAGGGUCGGAUGCUUGGGAAAGCUCAUCGUGUGAUGGUCCGCUCAGCUGCCGAAGGAGGUAUGAACACUCUCAGAGUAUGGGGCGGCGGAAUCUUUCUCCCUGAUGAAUUCUACGAUGCCUGCGACGAACUCGGGGUUGUAGUCUUCCACGAUAUGAUGUACGCACAACGCGGACACGCCCCCGAGAGGACACCUGUUCAAGACGCGGAGCUGCGACACCAGGUACGAAGGCUCUCCUCGCAUCCGUCGAUCGUGAUUUGGGAUGGCUGCAAUGAGUGCACUGUCACCAUGGGUAGCCCCACAGAAAUCUACGCCACCUUCGUGAUGUCGGUGGUUGCCGAGGAGGACAGCUCUCGAUCGAUCUGGCCCUCUUGCCCGGCCUUCGGCUGGUCAACAGGAGUCCACAAGCUGGACAGCGCUCCGAACGGCAACGUGUUGACCACACCCGGGAAAGCUGAGACGAUCGAGGUACACGGCUACUACCAGCAUGGCGAUGGCUUCCCAACCAUGAAUGGCGAGAUCAAGAUGCAUCCCUUCAAAGCCAACCUGCCCAUAAAGGUUUCUACGGAUCCCACCGGCUUGGACCGCAGGAGCAUCUUCGCUUCGGAGUUCGGAGCUGUCGUGAUGUCCUCCUUCGAAUCCAUGGCCCCGACCCUCGCUCCCGAACACUGGGGACUUCAUGCGGGCCAGCCGAGCGAUACUUGCAAGCGUGAUGUGCGCGACCACAACCAGUGCCAAGGCUCAAACGUGAUGGCUCAGCGGAACUACCCGUGCGACAAUCUCAUAAAUGCAUACUUCGGAGAUCAUUCUGAUAGUUACUUCAACAAGACCGGAGAGGGCAUCUUCAAACAGCAGCUUUACCAGUGCAUGUUAUCCCAGGCGCUGAUCCUGAAGGCGGAUAUCGAGACCAGGCGCUCCGCGAACCAGUUUGGUUGCCUGGUCUGGCAGCUCAAUGAGAUCUGGCCCACAGGGGGCUGGGGUUCAUUGGAGUAUGGCACUCCAGUAAAGGGCCAAGUGCUCGGGGGACGAUGGAAGCCGUUGCACUACUUUUUCAGGCGGUCGGUUUUCUCUGACAUCAUGGCUACCUGUGGACGGGAGGGGCAGUGCUAUGUCAAAAAUGACAGCCCGUGGCCUUUUCAGGGACGAUGCAAUGUCAUGGCCUUGUGUUUUGGUGAUGGGCGCCGGAUGCCGCUGCACGGCCUUGACUUGGAUCUGAUGCAGGGACCUGGAGUCAAAGAACUUUUCAAGGUGGACAUCCAAAACAUGAGCGGCACCGACUACAUGCUGUUAUCAGAGUGCUCGACCAACAUCAAGGAUGACAGAAGAAGGCAGAUUGUCACGGCUUUCGGCGCAUCUGAAGGGAAUGUC